GAGCCACUCGUGGAUUGUACUAAAAUUGUGGGAGAUAGCAGCUUCAAAACGUGUUAUUUUCGUCAAAUUUGUGUUGGAAUACUUGUACAGAAUUUAAACUUUGAUGGAAACAGCAUGCAAAGAUGGGAAAACAAGCAAGCAAGCAUGCUGAAUGUUUCCUGGUGAAUGCCAGACUUAAUAAAGCUUUAGAAGAACAGAUUCUGAAACAGACAAAAACAACAGGCUUCAACCUGGCUAACUACAACCUCAAUCACUCCAUCUCCGAAUUAUCAAUUAGCAUUGAAGAUAACUCCACCGGAAUGCCAUUACGAGUUGAGUUACCACCCCAAAAGAUGGACACAGAUGCCAGCAAAAUUUUAGCAUUUGAUCAAGCUGAAUUGGAUAAGAAAGAGAAAGGAGACAAGGAAGACAAUAAAAAGGACACACGUUUAAACAUAGAGGAGUUUGAGUGUGGGGUGAAAUUUGGUGGCACAGACAACAACAAACAGGAGUGGUCCUUUACUCUCUACGACUUUGAUGGGCACGGCAAGAUUACAAAAGAGGAUCUCGCCAGUUUGUUGAAGGCUCUUUAUGACGCCGUUGGGUCAUCCAUCAAAAUACCUUCAAACGGAACAAAAACACUCAAGUUACGUCUGACUGUAGGACAAGAUGGCUCCCAGUUACCGGGCAACCGGACGUCACCUUUAAAAGUGAAAGACUGCGGGAAAGACAAAGUGAAGGAAAUAUCAAAAUCAAAAGAUUCUCCUAAAUCAAAAGAAUUCUCUAAGUUGAAUAACCUUACACGAACUCAUGUUCAAAUGCCAAUUAAGUGCAACAAUGAAAAUAAAGUGCAGUCUUCAACUGGUGUGAACCCAACCUCGUGUCAAGGUAUCAAUCAGACAUCGUGUCAGGGUCAAGGGGUCAAUCAUACUUCAUGCCAAGGUCAAGGGGUCAACCAAAGAUCUUGUCAGGGUCAAGGGGUCAACCAAACAUCCUGUCAAGGUCAGGGGGUCAACCAAGGAUCUUGUCCAGGACAGAGCUGCACUAAAAGGAUACAGCUGACUUCCCAGGAACAACAAGAACUUGCGGAACUUGUCCAAGAAAACAUGGAGCGUAAUCACAUUAAACAACUACGGCGCCAUCAUAGUGACUGUAAAGGCACAACUAAGGAGCAUUCAAACCACAAACGGCGCCACCGAGGCCAUAAAAACAAUGGCACUGCACCUGUUGAUGUAAAUAUCAAUCCUGGUGACCAGGCAAAGGAAUGCCAGGACCGACGUAAUUACUAUCUGGACCUCGCUGGUAUAGAGCAUAAUGCAAUCACCAAGUGUCAGUCAUUUACAAACAAUGCCAUCGGUCAUGGUCAGGCUUCCCAGCAGCCCCUUGUGAGUCAGCAUCACCGGUCACGGUCCCAGGAUACAAAUCAAAAGUGUGACAACAUUCGACGGGAAACUGAGUGUCUGAAUGUUAAACAUGAACAGCAACCAGCAGUGGUGGACAGCAGUGCAAAGCAUGACCAUAUAAGGUCAAGGUCAUUUGAUCCCCAGGAAACAGCAGUCAGGUCACCUAAAGGUCACCAUAAAUCUGCAGGGUCCUCUCCACAUAAACAUGGGCGGUUUCGACCAGUAAGUUUACCCAUGCAUAUUCCUGAUGCGGUGUCUGCACACUACCACAGAAGGCAUCGGCACAGAGAAAAGGAUCAUGACCUGGCAAUGCAGCAGGUCGCCGAGUGGAUUGAGCGUGAGCAUACGUGCGAUUUAGAUGGAGAUCGCAUCAUUGUCCAAAGACAUGAGCAUCACCAUGUUCAUGAGCACCAUCAUCACCAUCACUACCAUCACUAUUAUGAGGCGUGACUUGUCUAGGUCAGGAUGUUUUCUCAAUACUCAGUUGUGUUCACGGUAUAUACUCCUACAGGCAUAUCAGCCUACACACGGACAAUGUGUUUAUCUCCCCAGCUCAAUCAAGGUGCUCGCACAUUGUAAGGAACAGGUCAAGCUGGACAAAUAUCACCUCAGACUUCAGGGAUCUUAAAAUCCCUCAGUGGACACUUGAACUGUCCAGUUUGAUCAUGACACAGUGAAGGAUUAGGGCUCAUAUAUAAACGGUGCUGAUUACUGAGGUUACUAACACUUGAAAUCCACUCAUUUUUCGUUACUUUGUGUAACUUGUAUGUAACUCAUCUGAUAAGGAAAUGUGCUAUGCUAAUGGACUCCAGGGUUUGUAUCAACUUCAUAGGAUAAUUUUCAGAAAUAUUAUUGAGGCAAGGGAAGACACUCCUGGAUUGAUAGGAGAAGAUAACUCCGUUUGAUAUAAAACUGGAAAGCAUAGCCCUCCUUAUUUCAGUUUAGAGAAUGUAUUACCUGCUUUCUUGACAUAAGAGAACUGCUUUUUUGUCAGGGGUAGAUAACUCCUGCUUAAUCUUAUUUUCGGAAUAUUGAAUUAUCAUUCCUGAUGCUUUUGAAGCUAGGAAAAGAUAAUUCUCCUGUUGAAAUCAGUGUAUGAUAUCUCUAUUACAGUGUUAUUUGUUGUAAAGCAAGUUAGUUUCCAUGGCAAUGCUGACCACCAAAGAUAAAUCAGACUUGACCUUUGGACAAGUCUACUGUGAUAAAUCAUGUGAGUUACUUUGUACCUCUGACUACAGGGUUCCAAUAUUGCCGCUGUACAGCUCGUUGUUGCCUGAAUACUACCUCAGGUGUUGCUAUGGACACUGUUGCUAUUGGAAGCCCUGUUGAUGUUACCAUGGACAACAUUAUUAGAUGCUAUUGGAAACGGACUAUUUUAUUUCCUCAGUGAUAUGAGGAGUUUUAGCCAUUGUCAUUAUAAUCAAAAACCUGUGCAAGAGGUGAGAGGUCGCAUUUUCAUCUGUUUUAAUUUUCAUUCUGUCUGUGAUGUGCUUGGACAUGUUCCACUGCAAGAUUGUCAAUAUUCAUGAAAUACAUAUAUCUAUAUCUAUAUAUAUAUCUAUAUUUAUAAAACUAGCAGAAGCUCUAGAGGUAUGAGUGUAGUGUGUAGAUAACACAUAUAUAGUCUUCUACAUCAAAUUCUUCAAUCAAUUUUUACCUUCCUUCAUCUGUAUGACAAAUCGCAAUAUACAAGAAAAAAAUCGAAAACAUGUCAUAGAUUUUAUAAUAUCAAUUAAAAAGUUAAAGAUUUGGGACCUAAAGUAAAAAAAAUCAAAACUUUAAAUGACAAUUUAUGAUAAAUGUGAAACUUUUUAUUGCUACACUUAUUGAACCAUUUUUUUUCUGAACUUUUGUUUUGUAUCUGUUGCUCAUAUUUACAUGACCAUUUGUUAUGUAUAUAGCUAUUUUGGUGAUCCAUGUUGUUUUGAGUUAGGAAUGUGUGCGAUCUCUUUGUUGUAACUUUCUCUAUAUUACUGUCAUAUAACCACUUUGGUUAAGAUUCGGAAGCUUGGUCUUGUCGCUAUAGUUACCUGUAUCAGCGUAGCUCAAAAGUUUUACUACCUCAAUGUAUGAGUGAGUGCGGACUAUAGUUGUGGGUGUUGUUUAGUGAGUUGUAUGCGAGGACACAUGAUGUGUACCUGUGCACACUUACGAUGUGUACCUUGUGUACACAUGUGAUGUGUACAUUGUGUACACCUGUAAAUGGGUUUGAUGAGCAUAUAGAGAUGUGUACUGGUAAAUGCUUGUAGAGGGGUACUUGUGUACACAUAGAGAAAUAGAUAUGUUCACACCUGUAAAGUAUGUGUGCACCUAUCAGGAUGUGUACUUGUAUACAUACAUAGAUGUGCACACCUGUGGAUAUAAAUGUUUAUACUUAUAUACUUAUGGGUGUGCACACUUUGCUGUGUACCUGAAUACUCAUAAAAAAGUUUAAAUGUGCACACCUGUGGAUAUAGGCAGGUAUGUAGGUGUGGACACCUUGCAGUAUACCAGUACACACUUGUACAUAUGUCGAUGUGCAUAACUUAAAAAUACGAGUGUAUGAGAGUGUAGUAUGAUCCAGAUUGUACCAGUUUCUGUGCUUGCGUGAUUUGUCCACCAUCCAUUGGUAAUCUCUUUGUGACAUUAAAAUAAUGGCCAGUU